AAGCAGGAGCUGCCGCAGCUGCAGACGCACAUCAAAACGGUCCUCCUCCUUCUUCACCAGCACCAUCACCCUCCUCCUCUUUGCUGCAGCGCGCACCGACUCACGGACUCACUGCACGGUGGAGCUUGUUCUCCGUUUUACGCACAGCGGGAUCGUGUGUCCGGGGCGUCGCGGCGGGACACGGAGCGCGCGCGCAUUCUCCGAAUUUCACCGGUCCACGUCGCACCGUGUUGAGACGAUGCACUGAGGAGAAACCCGGCGCAGGAUCUCUCUCCCCCCACCCCUCCUCCUCCUCCUCCUCCUCCUCCUCCCCGGCGCGGUUGUUCGUCCUGAAGGCUGCAGCGAGCGGAGGGAGGUGGAUUGCGGCACAAGUGGACGUUUCUAAUCAGCAUCCAGAGGAGGAGGUGGAGGAGGACGGGUAGAAGCCUCCUAAAUUAUGGCCACCUUACUGCGGAAGAUCGGUCUGAUCCGCCUGCACGACCGAGACACCGAGGACCCGAAGCACCACCAGGGCUCGCUGAAGGGGACCAAGGGGUCCCAGAAGAACAACGCCAACAAACACUGUCAGACCACCAACGAGACCAACCUGCUGAGCACCCCGGAGAUCAAGGCGAGGAAGCUGGACCAGCACGGCAAGGACAAGCCGACCGGCAGAGAGAAGCAGAGCAAAGAUGCGAAGGAGAAGCAGCAGACCGCGGGUGGAGGAGGAGGAGGAGGAGGUGGUGGUGGGGGAGUAGGCGGGAGUAAAGCCACCACCGCCGCCUCCAUAGCACCGCUGGCGCCUCACCGGCAGCACUGCACCCAGGUGCGGACGCGCAGGCUGAUGAAGGAGCUGCAGGAGAUCCGGAGGUUAGGGGACAACUUCAUCAGUGUGGAGCUGGUGGAGGACAACCUGUUCGACUGGAACGUCAAGCUGCACCAGGUGGACAAGGACUCGGCGCUGUGGCAGGACAUGAAGGAGACCAGCACCGAGUUCAUCCUGCUCAACGUCACCUUCCCCGACAAUUUCCCCUUCUCGCCGCCGUUCAUGCGGGUCCUGACGCCCCGGCUGGAGAACGGCUACGUGCUGGACGGGGGGGCCAUCUGCAUGGAGCUGUUGACCCCCCGCGGGUGGUCCAGCGCCUACACGGUGGAGGCGGUUAUGAGGCAGUUUGCUGCCAGCCUCGUAAAAGGACAGUUUAUCGUUGCCAACAGCUACAAGUCUUAG